AUGGAUUCGAAGCAGAAAGCGGUAGCAAGCUUCGACAUAAUCAGGGCGGCUGUGGUCAGAAUUUGUCUUCUUGUCCACAUGUUGUUCAGUAUUUGGGCUGCGUCGUGUGUGGUUGGCAAGAAUGAAGUUUGGGUACUGGCCAUUUUCGCUGGUGUCCUGCUAGCUGAAGGCAUUUAUAACGCUGUUAAAAGGCGCGGUAGAGAGCCGAAAUGGUUCAGUUUCUGCAUCUUCAUCUUCCUCCUGGCGGUGGUGCCCACUAUUUGGAUGUUGAACCUUGACAUGAUCGAGUGCCUCGCCACUGAGAACUCCAACAGAACCCUUUGUAACGGCCUUCGAGAACAUUCUUACGUCUGCUCGCUGGUUUCCGUGAAAGACAUCUUUGACAGGAAGCCCAUGGUGUAUACGUUGGAGGAGAUAAUGCUGCUGAUGUUGAUAAUCGGAAGAUGGUUGCUGCCGAGAGGUUCAGUAAGUCUGGACCAACAUUCCCAGCUACUCUUCAUCUACUUCGGUCUCAGUUUCGACAUGUUGGAUCUGUUUAUCCUGUUUGAGGAGCAGGCAGUUUUGGAUAAACCAGAAAUGAAAUACGUAAUUCUGGUAAUAUGGACGGUUAGUUUAUUUCAAUUCACACUCGUCAAAACGGCCCUGAAGCGUAGGAAACCGAAACUGGACCCAAACUCAGCCAACGACCACCCGAUAACCAGGACCCUCAACAGAUGUUGCAUGUCUGAAAUUUGGACAAUAUCGUCAACAGUUCUGAUGCACGAUGGCCCCUAUCUCAUACUCCGUCUCCACUGUCUCAUCGGCCUCCGAAUUCUAAGCUACAACUUGCUCUUUUUCACGGUUAAAAACGCCCUGAUCAUUUUACUAGACGUUUAUAGAUUUUUCGUGUUACUGUUGAAAUGUAAGGACAAUGUUGAUGAGAACGACGGAAGGUCGGUGGAUCUGUCGGUGCACUCCAUCCCGAGACACAACUCUUCGGAGAAGGAUUUGAAAUAUCGAAGUAACGAUUCGCUAAGUGGGGCGAAUCGUAACAACAACAAUUUCUACAGUAACGGUAGUGAUGGGUAUGCUCCGAAUAACCGACAGAAAUCCGGUUUUCACCGAUCGAAACAAUCCCUCGACAGUACCGGCAUGAGUUCUCAGGAUUUUAAUUUUGUGUCGAAUGUUUAA